GGGGUGCGGGGGGCUGUGGCUGCUGCUGGUGGCCGCGAUGCUGCCGCUGUCGGUGGGGUUUAACUUGGACGCCCUGAGCCCAUCUGUGUACAGCGGUCCCCGCGGCUCCUACUUCGGUUACUCGGUGGAGUUCUAUACCCCAGAAGCCGAGACGCCCAGUGUUCUUAUUGGAGCCCCCAAAGCCAACACCACCCAACCCAACAUCACGGAGGGGGGGGCCGUCUACACGUGUCCCUGGGGCCGCAACAGCUCCGAGUGUUGGCAGAUCCCCUUCGACACCACAGGUAACCGGUUGUUUGUGAACGAGACGGCGGCCGAAAUGGUGCGGUUCAAUAAGAGUGAGUCGCUGGAGCUGAACAACACUGAGCUGCUGGAGUUCAAAUCCCACCAGUGGUUCGGUGCCACGAUCCGCUCCCACAACAGCACUAUCCUGGCCUGUGCCCCUCGCUACAAAUGGAGGACGACGAGCGAACUGUCGCAGCGGGAGCCGGUGGGGAGCUGUUUCCUGUCCAUCCACAACUUCAGCUCCAUCGUGGAGUUUGCACCGUGUCGCUCUGGGCAGCACACCCCAAUGUGGAAAGGCUACUGUCAGGGCUCAUUCAGUGCCGACAUGUCAGAGAGUGGGAGAGUGGUGCUUGGAGGGCCCGGAAGUUUCUUUUGGCAAGGGCAGCUGGUCACGGCCAGGAUAGAGGACAUUGUCAAAUCUGAAUUCAGCCCCAACUUCAUCCAGUACGUGGAGGGUCAGAUGGAGACGACACACAGUCACACCUCGAACGAUUACAGCUACCUCGGUUUCUCUGUAGCUAUUGGCGAGUUUACUGGAGACCAGGUUGAAGAUUACGUGACCGGUGUUCCCCGCGGGAUGAAGACCAUCGGCUAUGUCACCAUCUUGAACGGCACAAACCUAAAAUCGGUGUUUAACUUCACCGGGGAGCAGAUGACCUCGUACUUUGGCUAUUCUGUGGCUGUGGCUGACAUCAAUGGUGACGGGCUGGAGGAUGUGCUGGUGGGGGCCCCGAUGCUGAUGGAGCGGGAGGUGGGGGGGCGACUGCAGGAGCUCGGGAGGGUCUACGUUUAUCUGCAGAUGUCACGGCUACAGUUCAGUCCGGCCCAGAACCUGACGGGAACCUUCACCUACGGCCGAUUCGGGACAGCCAUCGCGGUGCUCGGAGACCUGGACCAGGACGGUUACAAUGACGUAGCGGUGGGAGCCCCCUACGCAGGAGAUGACGCUCGGGGGAUGGUCUAUAUCUACAAUGGCCACGAGGGGGGCCUGAGCCUCAAAGCAUCCCAGCUCCUCCUCGGCCUGUGGCCGGCGAGCGGGGGCAUCGCCAGCUUCGGCUUCACCGUGAGGGGGGCAACCGACCUGGACGGCAACGGUUACCCAGAUGUUAUUGUCGGGGCAUUUGGUGUUGACCGGGCGGUGGUUUACAGGGCCAGGCCGAUUGUCAGUGCCAGCGCAUCGCUGAAGCUGACGCCUGCGGUUUUCAACCCCGAGGAGAAGCGAUGCACCUUAAACGGCACUCAAGUCUCCUGCAUCAACGUCAGCUUCUGUCUCACUGCGUCUGGAAAACACAUCCCGGAUUCCAUUGGCCUGCGGGUGCAGCUGGGGUUGGACACGCUGAAGGUGAAGGGGGCGGUGAGGCGAGUGCUGUUCCUGGACACACAGCAGCCCGGCUUCCAGGCCACAGUCAACAUCGGCAACGGGCAGGGAGAGGUCUGCCAUCACCUGGAAAUCUACCUGCGGGAGGAGUCGGAAUUCCGGGAUAAACUCUCUUUGAUCCGGGUGGAGCUGGGGCUCAGCCUCGAUCCACAAACCCCGGUGGACGAGCACGGACUCCGCCCCAUCCUCAGCUUCUCCACCGCCCGACACCUCCAGCAGCAGGCUCAGAUCCAGUUGGACUGUGGGGAGGACAAUGUGUGUGUGCCUGACCUGCACCUCUCCGUGUCCGGGGACAGGGACACUGUGUACCUGGGGGACAGGAACGAGCUGGCGCUGAGCUUCGAGGCUUGGAACGUGGGGGAAGGCGGAGCGUACGAGGCGGAGCUGUGUGUGACCGUGCCCCCCGAGGCCGACUACAGCGGCAUCGUCCACAACAAGAGUCUGGUACAGCUCAGUUGUACGUACGAAAACCAGACGGUUGUCUGUGACCUCGGCAAUCCCAUGAAGCCAGGAACCAACCUCUCUGGUGGACUCCGAUUCACUGUCCAUCAACUCAACGACCAGAGAAAAUCCAUCCAGUUUGAACUGCAGAUUCGCAGCAAAAAUCUGAACAAUUCUCACAGCGAAACCGUGGCCCACAGACUGACUGUAGCCGUGUCUGCCGACGUCAACUUCCAUGGAGUUUCCAUUCAAGAUAAGAUCAAUCUUCCCAUCCCCAACUGGAGGCCAAGCAAGCGACCAAUCACAGAGGAGGAUGUGGGGCCCCCACUCCAGCACGUAUUUGUGCUCUUGAACAAUGGCCCGAGCUCCAUCGGCCUCUCCACACUGCAAAUCAGUUUCCCCAGCAGCUUCCAGGGAAGCCCCCUCCUCUACCCCAUGGCUUACACUGUGACAGGGGCCACUGUCAACUGCACCCCCAGCAGCCACUUCAACCCUCGGCAGCUCAAGAUGCAGACGCUCAGCACCAAGACCCCCCCCACUCCGCCACCCAGCCCGGAACAUUCCAUCCGUCGCAGGGAGGCGCCCCGGGACCCCCUGAGGGCCUGGAAGACACUGAGUUGUCAGCAGGUGGAUUGCCAGUGGCUGACAUGUCAGGUGGGGCUGCUGGAGCGAGGCAAGAGUGUGGUCCUGACCCUCCACACCCGCAUCUGGGCAGAAACCUUCCUGCAGAGAGAGAAUCACCCGUAUGUGCUGCAAUGUAAUGCCUCCUACACCGUACACAGUCUGCCCUACGCCAUCCUCCCCCUCUCCUACCCACAGGGCUCCAUACAGGUCCUCACCUCAGUGCUGUGGGGGAAGCUGGAGAGCUCACACGGGGUCCCGCUCUGGAUAAUAAUCCUGGCCGUGCUGAUCGGGCUGCUCCUCCUCGCACUCCUCAUCUUCAUCCUGUACAAAAUUGACUUCUUCAAACCUGUGUCUAUGCCAUACGGCACCGCCAUGGAAACGGCUGAGCUCAAACCACCAGCUACGUCAGAGGCGUAAUGGCACAGCCAGGCAACAGGCAACACAGGAGGCUGGACGGGCAUCACUGUUACUGACCCCCGGCCGGAGCGAGCGGUGUCACCGUGCCACCCACCCCCCCUCCCCCCCCCACCCCGAGGCCAAGGAGAGGGGCCUCAGGACCAUCCAGCCUUAUUUAAGGAAAUGAUUCCGAGCACUGAUUGUGAGUGUAGCCUUGCGGGGAGGAGUGGGGGAUGGAUGGGGCUGAGCGGGGAGGGGGGCGCGGGGCUCCAGCGCAAAACAUAAUGAUGUAAAUGUUCUCAUUUUUAAAAAAAAAAGUGCAAUAUAUUUUAUACCUGACUUUAUAAGCGAAUCCCAGGCCUGCCUGACCGGGGUGGGGGGGCUAUCCUGGGGUUUGGGUGGGGAGGCGGUUGGUUGUUGUGGUCACUCAGUCACAAACAUCUCUGCUGCCUGGCAGGAGUGAGUGUGUACCCUGUGCCAGACACUCCCUGGGAAUAACUACCUGCACCCCUUGAGAAUGGCUGAUCUUCCCCACUGCCUCAUGGCAGCCUUUAAUUUCCAACAAUUUUCACUCCCUCCCCAGGGGCCUGGGUGUGUCUGUUUGGGACUGGUGUGUGUGGGGAGGAAUAGUCUCGUGUCUGGGUCAUUCCUGUUCACGUUAAAUUUCGUUCUGUUAUUUUUUAUCUGAAUGAUUUUAUGAAAAGUUGUACAUAAAUUAAGUAAAUAAAUUGUAAUUUGCCUUUUUAAGAUCA